CAAGAGCAUCGUUCUCCUGAGCUUCGUCGCAACUGCCGUCGACUAUCCGAACAAGUACUACGACAACAAGCGCUGGCGAGUGUUUGUGGAUCAGCCGUCGGCGUACAUAGACGUCGAGCCCUGGUACUCACCCUCGUCGAGCUACCUCAUGGUGACCAGUGGCUACCAACCGGUCGUCUGCGGAGAAAAGUACUCGUUCAACGUCAUGUACACCAGUCCGUUGGGGGCGCAAGAGGACGCCAAGCCCAUAAGCUUCCACUACUCGAUCAAUUCCAAGAGCGACAUCCUCGUGUUUGGCCACGUCAAGUACAAGCCGCGCAAGGACGCCCUUCUCGACUACGCCGAGUUUCGCAACGUACUCGGCGCCAACAACCCAAAAUCCAAGAGCGAUCAGUCAUCCUCGCCCACCGAUCAGUUCGUCGUUCACAGGUUCCCACUGAGCGUGAAAAUAACAGCGAGCAUGGCGCCCGUCUCGUCGCUCCUGCUCUACUACGUGCGACCGGACAACGAGGUGGUUAGCUCGAGCCACAGCAUCGAGAUCGGCCAGUGCUUCGACAACCCGGUCAAGAUAACUUGGCACGAAAGCAGACAGAGACCCGGCUCUAUGGCCCAGUUCCACUUCGAGGCCGCGCCCAUGUCCCUCUGCGGUAUCUCAGCGGUCGACAAGUCGACGCGCUUCCUUGUGCCGCCGUCGUCGGGUGGUCCUGCCGCUGAGCCGCACCUCCUCGAACCCGACAGCGUCUUCAACCGGCUCAAGCGAUUCCACCUGCCCGCCGAGACGCUGCCCCUCCAGAGCAGCUGGGCCCACUGCGCCCCCAAUUCUCAAUCGGCGGAGGAGUCGAGCGCCGAGGAGGAGCAGGAGGAGAUCGACCACCUGCCGAAACCCGUUGCCACCGCGGCUCGGGAAAAGCGCCACUCGGUCACGUACAACUUUGCGGCCAACUACGUCGACGCCAUUCAGGCCUUUGACGAUUUUGGGACCGUCGUGAUGAGCGACUUGAUUCUCGAAUCGAGACCCUGUCCACCUUGGCGACUGAGCCCGGGUCGGUCGUCGAUGGGCCCGAUGUCGCAGGAAGACAUUGACGAGCCUGACAGAAUGUUGAAGGCGGUCAAGGCGAUGCCCCUGGCUUUCCAGUUCAACGCGCCAGGAAACGUACUCGCCGAGUCAACGGCCGCGACUCAGGACACCGGUUACCAGGUGGACCCCAUGUCCGCCGAACUACAGACUUCGACCAUCGUCAGAUCUUACUUUCCGGAAACUUGGAUCUGGGAGCUCAUCCCUACCGGAAAUCAGGGUAGAGCAACGAUAGAGCGCAAGCUACCGGACACCAUAACCGAGUGGAUCGGCAAGGCCGUGUGUAUAUCGAGCAAGCAGGGCCUGGGAAUCGGCGUGCCGAGUCAGAUAACGGCUUUCCAACCUUUUUUCCUGGACUACAGUUUACCCUACAGCAUCAAACGCGGCGAGCAACUGCACCUCAAGGUUCAACUCUUCAAUUACAUGCACCACCCGCUACCCGUUGCCAUCCGACUUUUGAAGCACGACGGCCUCGACUUGGCGCCAAGUGGCAAUCAAUCGUCCGUGGCCAAGUUUUGCGUGCCGAGCAAGGACAGUGUGGUCAACGAGUUUCUACUUCUGCCCCGGGAUCUGGGGGAACUGAACAUCAGCGUCUCGGCGGAGGUCGACUCGAGUGCCUUCCACGACUGCGGCCCCAAAGACAUACCCUACACGAGGGACGACAUAGUGAAGCCGGUGCUGGUGAAAGCCGAGGGUUUUCCGAUCGAGGUGAGCCAGUCGGCGUUCCUCUGCCCAAAGGACUUUAGCGACGACUCGUCCGUGGUGUGGGAUUUGGAGUUACCGAAAUCCGGUGAGCACGUGGUCGAAGGCAGCGUACGAGCCCACGUUUCCCUGAUCGGUGACGUCCUUGGGCCGGCGCUCGACAACCUCGACCAGCUGGUCAGAUUGCCCAUGGGCUGCGGCGAGCAGAACAUGAUCCUCUUCGUGCCCAACAUCCACGCGAUAGCCUACCUCGACGCCAUCAGCAGACACGAGGCUUCCGAGAUACGGGCCAAGGCUCUCAAUAACAUGCGCAAAGGAUAUCAGAGGGAGCUGAACUACCGGCACCCCGACGGCUCUUACUCGGCGUUUGGGCCCACGGACGAGGGGAGCAGCGGAUCCAUGUGGCUGACCGCAUUCGUCGUGAAAUCGUUCGCCCAAGCCCGGGGAAUGAUCCAGAUCGACGAGAGGGACCUCAAGUCGAGUUGGAUCGUGAGAAGGCAACUGGAGAACGGCUGCUUCCCCGUGGUCGGGCAAGUUUUCCACAAGGACAUGAAGGGCGGCUUGCGGGAGGAGGGCUCGUCGGCCCUGACCGCUUACGUGCUGAUAUCCUUGCUCGAGUCCGGGGUGCCACUGAGCACGAGCAACACCCUGGUCAACAAUGCCCUCUACUGCUUGGAAAAGGCUAGCGCGUCCGAGGACUUUGCCACCGAUGACAAUCCGUACAGCGCCGUCCUCACCACCUACGCCCUCGCCCUCCUCGAGCAUCCCAGGGCCAACGAGAGCUUGCGGCUUCUCAUGAAUCGCGCCUCUCGUCAGAAUAACCUCGUCUGGUGGGAGGACAAGAGCCGACCCAGCUUGAGCUUGAGCGUCGAGAUGACGGCCUACGGGGUGUUGUCGCUGCUGAAACUCGGGGGCGAGGCAAAUCUGAUGGAGGCGCUUCGAGCCGUGCGUUGGUUGUGCUCCGGCAAGCGCAACGCCGCCGGUGGCUUCACCUCGACCCAGGACACGAUCCUCGGCCUCGAGGCCCUGACCAAGUUCGCCCUGGCCAUGGCCAAUGCGAGCACGACCGAGCUCUCGGUCCUCGUCACGGCCACCGACCUCGAGCAGCUCUACAAGAUCGACGAGGACAACCGCUCGGUCUUGAAGCGCAUCGACUUGCCCACCGUGCCGACCAGUCUCGAGAUCUUCGCCGAGGGCGAGGGCUGCCUGCUCGUACAGAGUAGCCUGAGGUACAACAAGGCCAAGGCCACGGGAUCCGAGGCCUUCGAGUUGACGGCCAGUUCGGAGAGCGUGCCGACAGUGGGCCACCUUGAAAGCAACCAGCCCCAAGACCGGUGCUCGCUUCAGAGGCUCAACGUUUGCGCGAGGUACAAGCUCGCCGACGAGGAGAGCAACAUGGCUUUGUUGGAGAUCGGCAUGGUCACCGGCUUCACGCCCGAGCGCAGCAGUCUCCACGAUUUGCUCGACGAGCACGCUACCGGCGUUAAGCGGUUCGAGGAGAACCAGGACACGGUGGUCAUUUACUUUGACAAGCUGACGUCGCAAAAGACGUGCAUAUCGCUACAGGCGGUUCGCGAGAACGUGGUUGACAACGCGGAGCCCGGCAACAUCAAGCUCUACGACUACUAUCAGCAAGAGCUCACGGUCUCGACGAGUUACAGGUUCGUUGACCCGUGCGUCAAGAAGAACGAUAGCGAGAAACCGGGACACGAAACGAACGAGCCGAUGCCGAGGAAAAUGCACCUGGAUGACGAUGGCGACGAGGAGUUCAACAACCAGCUGUCCGCGGGUGAGAUUCCCAGGCACGUCGACGACCAAGCCCUUGGUAAAGUCACGAGGGAGAAGAAGAUCGAUCCCACGGUGCAGGUGAUUCAGAGACCGGGGAGUACUGCGCCAUCGCCGACGACGACGGAUCUGGGCGAGGGUAGCGGUGCCGAGGGAGGACGGGAGGAGCAGCUGUUCUCUGCCAAGCCGAUCUUGGCGAGUUUCGACGUGGUGGACGAGGGCUUCUCUCCCGUCUUUGUGAACGUCGACCACGAGCUGGAUACGCCCAACGGGAUCGAGGGCCCAGUCCCGGUAUACGUGCCCGGGCCCUUCUUCACGAUCAACAACAACACUUCCGAAAUUGUAUCCGGGGCGACAACGACGGCAGCGACGAGCCAACCGAUCUGGACGGUGUCAACGCCGCGGAUCGCCAACGGGACAGCAGUCUCGUGCCCGAGAUGCGAGGAUGGACUGCCCGCGGACGUGGAGGACCUGUUCUGUUCGUCGACGAGCGUCGUCAAAGUGGCUGUGAGGAGAUCGCGCAAGGUCCGGCUGCUCCUUGACCUGAGUCCCCGCAAGGUAGCCAACGCCGGCCGGCUCCGGGCUACGAUGGAGCUGCAGAUGAAACCCGAGUGCACCUGUGCGCCGCUCGACAAGCCUGGAAUAAUGGCUUUGAUAUUCGGCGCGGGGGAGGCUAGGGAUUACUCAAAGGCGACCGAUAGGGCGAGAGUUUUGCUCGACGAGGACAGUGCCAUGUUCGCUCUGACGGAUGUCGUCGGGGAGCCUCGCGAGAUCGAAAGGGCUCGGCGCGCCUGCUCGUUGUUCGCUGCAACCAGAGGCGGCCCGUAGAUCCUUUUCUCUUUCAUUGCCGUGUGUUACGAACGAGGACCCCUAUGCCCUCGAAGGGUCGUUUGCUUGGGCUGGUCUUUUUUUUAUUUUUUUAUUUCUUACACGUUGUAAGUUGCACUCGUAUCGUAUAAAUAUAUACUCGAGCUAUAGUUGUGUACAAGAGUAUUGUAAUAAUGUAGAAACCACAUGUGGUGUGAAAAACUGUAUAACAAGGGAGAUCGAGAAAAUAAAGUGUAUAAGAAGAAAAAAAAAAAAAAA